GAACAGCACCAGCAAGACGGACGACGACGACGGGCGACGACGACGGGCGCCGACGUUCGUAUUCCCAUCCUUCUUACUUAAUCCAUCAUCCUUCAUUAUUAUCAACUUAAUUCUCUCAAAAAUCAGAGCAACAGAUGAGCCAAAACAACCAGAAUCAACCGAAUCCGUCGAAACAGCCUGCAGAAGGUGUGGAAGGGAGUGAAUGCAAAAUGGCGUCAUCUUCUUCAGUAAUUACCCCAGAAGAUGUGUUGGAGUCUCUCAUGAAUGAUGGAACCAUUGAUGCUCUCAGAUCGAAGAUCAUCAACCAGCUCAAAGCCAAUGAAGAACUAAAGAAUACAACAGUUAAAAUGGUGGAACAAAGUAAAGUCCUCAAUACUCCUGGAGCAGAGAAACAAACCAAAAGAGAAUUGUUUGACUCACUGCGACAGGAACUUGAAACCCCUGCACUUGAGAAGGCCUCAAAAUCAGUUUGGGACCUAAUCCUUGACAACAAUGGGCUUGGGAAGGAAAUAAGUGAAACAGUUGAAAGAGUAUUUUGUCGAUUAAGUGGCAAGGAACCUCCACUAUUCCCUCAUCAUAAUGAUGAAUGCCAACCUGAUGAAGAAACUGAGGGUGAGAAACGAAAAGGAAAGGAGAAGGAAAAUGAAAAGAAAAGGGAGAAUUCAAACUCUAAAUCAAAGAAGCGAAGUUUCAGUCAGAUGAAUGCAGGAGCCACCCCUGAAGUUGCAAGCAAAUCCGGUGAUACUCCUGCUGCUCCCAUUGACUCUAGUUGAUCUUCAAAAUCUAUUGCUGUGACAAUAGGAGAACUCUCAACUCUGGUGAUCCGUUGGCUAAUCAUCUUUCCCAUCUUCUAAUUCCUUUUACUUUGAUGGAGCAAAACAAAAUUGUUAGGAUCUGCCUAGAACAGAAGCAAACAUAUUUAUUGCAGUGUGAAUUUCAGAUGGAAUGAUCAAAGGUUGUAUACUUGUGAGUUGUGAGUUCAUUAGCUUACUUUGUAAUGUGAAUAUUUGGCCACGGUAAUGAUGUACAAGUGUGUGUUGCUUGUGUUCUCAAUGCCGUGGCUGUGCUUAUGUGCAAAAUAGAUAAAUCAGCAAAUGAAAGGAUACACCUUCACUUUCUGUUUGUCCUGUUUUGGUGCAACUGAAGGGGAUAUCUACAAGAUAUCUGUGAUGAGGAACGAGCGAUUCUCUCACCAAAUGCUUUGUCUUUUGAUUGUGAACAGCUUGGCUGCAAAUUUGCAUUGUGCAGGUGGUCAAAAAAGAAGUAUGGAAAAGAGAAGCAUAUUUGAAGAAUAAAGUUGAAACCCAUUUGCAUAUCCCUUUGCUUCAGAGACCUAUCUCUUCUAUACUGGUAUUACUCAUUUUAAAGUCAUUUGUUUAUUAUUGGCUUCUUACUCUUUUUCAUUCCAAUGGUCUGAAUUGUCACUUAUUCUCUUGAAAAACCGGAUGCUAGACCUAAUUCCACUUCCAGAAGCUGAUUCCAAAAGGAAGAUAUAGCUGAAAGAUAUGAGAAGAUCAAUGUCCUGAUGUACAGAGUUUGAAAAGCAAACAAAGAGAUGUGCUGAUUUUGAAAAUAAAGUUGGCUGUCUAUUUGCAUGUACUUGCAAGCUAGCAAUCAAUUAUUCACUGUUGUUGGGAACAGUGUUUGGACAUACGAGUCAGAAGAGAUUGUCCUACCCCUUCACGAUAUGGAAGAGGUACCAUUAUUAGCUGCAUUAUUUGCCUCUU